CGUUGGGUUUGCGUUUUAGUUCGAGUUCGGAGUUUCGGGGCACGCGACACAGAACGCCAGCAGCUGUCCUGAAGCAAGGACACACGAGAACCACACCACACAUUACAUCAGUCACCUUUCAACAUUCGUCCAGGGAACACCGUGCUCCACAAGGAACACACCCGCACAACCCACACAAGUUUUUCUCCCCCUCCCCACGAGAGAAAACCAUGGCUGCCUUGAGCUUCAGCCCAUCGCCACCGCCCAAGGAGAAUCCCAAGGAGAAUCCCAGUCCGGGACUAAAGGCCACCCUGAAGCCCUUUGGCAAGAUCACCGUGCACAAUGUUCUGAGCGAGAGUGGCGCCAAUGCCCUGCAACAGCAUAUAGCCAAUCAGAAUACCAUUAUUCGCAAGAUCCGCGACUUUGGUAUGCUGGGUGCGGUUCAGAGUGCGGUGGCAAGUACUACCAAUACCACACCGGUGCCCAGUCAGAGGAAGAGACCGCUGGGAGAGUCCCAGAAACAGAACCAGCAGAAUCAGCAGCCCAGCGGAGGAAAAGCUUCGGUGCCCGCCAAGAGGAGCAAAACCAGCAAGAAACUGGCCGUGGAAAAGCCCCCGAAAACACCAUCUAUAACUCAACCCAGUAAGAUCCAAACGGAACCCAGUUUGGGAACCCCGGGUAGAAAGGGUUUGCCACUGCCACAGGCUGUGGCCCGUAGAAAUGCCCGGGAAAGAAAUCGCGUCAAGCAGGUGAACAAUGGAUUUGCCCUGCUGCGCGACAAGAUUCCUGAAGAAGUUUCGGAGGCGUUCGAGGCCCAGGGAGCGGGCAGGGGGGCCAGCAAGAAGCUCUCCAAGGUGGAGACCCUCCGCAUGGCCGUGGAGUACAUCAGGAGUCUGGAGAAACUGCUGGGCUUCGAUUUCCCCCCACUCAGCGGCCAGGGCAAUAGUUCCGGUUCCGGCGACGAUAGCUUCAUGUUCAUCAAGGACGAGUUCGAUGGUCUGGAUGAGCAUUUCGAUGACUCCCUGAGCAACUACGAAAUGGAGGAGCAGCUGCCGCCGGCUGGUCAGCCAGCUUUGCCAGUGGAGAAUCACUUGCCCAAUCCGAAUCAGAAUGAAAAUCUGAGUCCCCUGCAAGCCAGCGAUCUCCUGCCCAGCUUGACCACCCUAAAUGGGAUGCAGUACAUCAGGAUACCGGGAACCAAUACCUAUCAACUGCUAACGGCUGAAUUAUUGGGCGAUUUGAGCCAGCAGCAGCACCAGCAACAGCAAGAGCUGGAACAACCAGGAAUAACAGCUGCCUCUGCGGGGCAGUUAUCGCGAUCAUCGCCCGUGCCACAAAAGGUGGCAAGUAGCCCCUGCUCCUCGCCAGUUUCACCUGUCGCCGCGAACGAGCUGCUCUUGCAGGCGUGUGCCGCCCAGCUGCAACAGCAACUGAUCAAACAGGAAUACGUCAGCGGUGGCAACAUCAACGGCAGCAACACCAGCAACACUUUGAGUUCCCCGCAGCAACAGCAACAGCAGCAGCAGCAGCAAGUUCCAAUCCUGGGAUCCUCGCCCAUUUUACCCGCUUUCUACGACCAGGAACCCGUGAGCUUCUACGACAACGUAGUGCUGCCCGGCUUCAAGAAGGAGUUCAGCGACAUCCUGCAGCAGGAGCAGCCCAACAACACAGCCGGCGGUUGCCUCUCCGAUGAGAGCAUGAUCGAUGCCAUCGACUGGUGGGAGGCACACACGCCCAAAUCCGAUGGCACCUCCACCAAUCUGUCCAUGUAGCCAAAUCCAAAAUCUAUCUCAAGUCUCUAGAGCUUUCGGAGUUCCUUAACAAAAGGUGAUGUCAGUAUAAAUUCAAGAUUUUAUUGCAUACUUUUGGACACCUUUCCAAAGUAAUUUCGAAUCCCUAGAGAUAUUUAAAGUUUUUUUUUUUUAACCAAGCCUUGACUGAGUCAUUGUGUAAAUAGCAAUCUUAAAAACAAAAUGAGUCUAAGAACCAGAAAGAGUAUGAAAGUCAUCUAGUGAUAUAAACCAAAUCGAAAGAACCUUCUAAGACCCAACCACAAAAUAGUUAACCUGAUAAAGAGCUAAAUGUUGAGCCAGUCGUAGUUCGUAAUCCUUUGCCCAUUUUACUGUAUUUUUUAAUUGUGCUUACUUAAGAACCCAAUUUUUUUCAUAGAUUUAAUGUACGAAUGUUGAGUUGA